CAAUCCAGCCGUGGCCUCUUCCACAGAACAGCACAGGUACCUGCAGCCAUCCCCACCUGGGCUGGGCCUGCUGUCACCAUACUUGGAGCAUUCCGUGGAACAUCCCUGGUUUCUUGCCCUUCUCCUACAGCUGGUUUGCAAAUUAAUCAAGAGAAUUCGGGAGGAAGAGACCAGCACCGUGGGCACUGGGCUCAGAGCAUACUCACACAUCUUCAAAACCAAGACCAGUGCUGCCCUGCUGGAUAUGCUGGUAGAGGAGGGCUUUUGCAAUCCAAAGCAAGUGCCCGCCGUGGUCAGGUACAUCCACCAGUGGCUCACGGCCAAUCAGUUUGCUGAGCACAGGCUGAACAGGACCCUGCUGGAUCUCACCGAAGCACAGCCCGCUGACGUACUGGUGACGCUCCUGCGUGUGGCCCCAUCCUGUGACAGAGCUGCUCUGACCAUGUGGAAGAGCAUCAUGUGCUCGCCCAGGACUGCGGAGCCUGCGCUGCUGAUACUCCUGGAUGUGCUGGGGAGCUGGCCCGAGCACAGCAUGUGCACCUCCGAUGGGGACAAAACGGGUGUCUUGGUCCUGGCUGCCACUGUGGUGAUGUGGAAGAUCCUCCAGGUGCCCUGUGUCCCACACAUGGUGACGGUGUAUUUCCCCCGCCUCUUUGUGCAUCUGCUCUUCCAAGUGUUCUUCACCACUCUGGAUAUGCCAGAGGAGGUGGAUACCUUCUGGAAGGGAUGCCAAGAGCAAUAUGACCUUGCCGCCAGCCCCAACAGGUUUGCAGUGCGGACCCUGAAGUCCCUGCUCUGCCGAAUGCAGCACGAGGACGUGGUGGUGGCAAUGGAAGCACCAGCGUGUGGCUGGGACACGCUGCUGUGUGCUGACACCCACCACUAUGCCGUGGCUCUGCUGGCCAGGGAGAUGUCCUGUGUCUCCAUCUCCUUGUGCUCCCGGAUCGCUCGCUACCUGCUCCGGCUGCUCAGCACACAGGAGCCACGUUGGGAGCUGCCCGCCCUGGCCUUCCUUGCGGAGGUCCUCGAGUUCCUGGACUUGAGUGAACGCGGUGCUAAGAGAGUCCUGCAAAUCUUGUCAAGGCACCUGCGGAGCAAGUGCAGGGAGAGGCGUCGCCUGGCACUCAGGGCCCUUCUCGAGUUCACUGAUGAGCCCUCCAUGACCAAAAAAAUGUGGAGCCUGACUGAAAGCCUUGUGGAGCUCCUGCAGGACACAGAUGGAGAGAUAGUUUGCAUGACGGUCAUGCUACUCAGCUUUAUUAUUUUGGACAAUGACACGCUGAUAGCCGGCCCCAUCACACUGCAGCUGGUUGAGGCGCUCCUGCCACUCUUUGACCACGACAAUAACCAGGUGCAGGUGCUCUCCAUACUCCUCUUCCGAACAUUGGUGACUCUUCCACAGAAAAAGGAAAAAAAGGCCCUGAAGACACCCCUGCGCCAGAGCCUGCUGCCACUCUUCUUCCACUGCCAUGAUGAGAAUCGGCUUGUGGCACAGGUUUCUCAGGAAACGCUGCUUUGUGUGGCCAAGUUCCUGAAGAGGAGGGAUCUUGAAAAACAGCUGAAGAACAAGAAGCUGUGGAAGUUCACCAAGUGCCUGCUAGCAGAGGACAGGAGCCGAGCGGCCGAGCACCUGCGCCGGGCCCUGCCGUACCUGCGGAACCCACAAGAGUCCCUGCAAGCGGCGGCCAUCAGGUUCACCGCCGUGCCGUCGGGCGGCAGCGUGCGGCGUGGCCCGGGCUGA